GGGCAGUGAUUGGACACCAGGCGGGGGCUCACUCCAUCCUAACCCCUGCCUGACUCUCGCUGCUGACACUUCGGCAGGUUGGUCUGCCUGGCGCUGUCCCCACUGAGACUGCUGGGAGUGGUGGAUGGAGCCGUUUAACACCUCACACUCCAACCAGACGGAACUCUUUAUACAGGCAUCAUGGCGGCCAGCCAUCCUGAUCGCCACACUGGCCAUCGGGCUGCCAGCCAACGCCUUCAUCAUCUGGCUGACAGGGUGGCGGCUGCAGCGCCGGGGCCUGUCCGUCUUCAUCCUAAGCCUGGCUACCUCUGACUUCCUCUUCCUCUCCACCACGGUCAUGCAGAGCAUAGAGACGCUGCUGAAUGAAACCUGGGUGCUAGGCACCGCCAUGUGCCAGCUGCGCUACGUUCUCUCUGACUUGAGUUACCACUGCAGCCUCUUCCUACUGGCCGCCCUCAGCGUGGACCGCUGCCUGCUGGUGCUGCUGCCCCUCUGGUACCACUGCCAUCGCCCCCUGCGGCUCUCCUGCUACAUCUGCUUGGGGGCCUGGCUGGUGGCCGCCCUGCUCAGCAUCAAGGGCUUCGUCUUCGCCGACGUCGUCCUGUAUCCAGAUGGGAUGCUCAUCUGCUCCAGCAACCGGGGCAAAUAUGAGUGGCCCCUGCGCCUGCUGGAGGUGCUGGUGGAGGGACUCUUCCCCUUCGUCGUCAUGGUGACCACCCAUGUCGCCACCUUGUCCCGCACCUUCCGGCUCCGCAUCCGGCCCCCCAGCAAGUUCUACUACAUCGUGGCUGCCACCCUGUCAGCCUAUGUGCUGCUCAACUUCCCCUUCCAGAUUGUCCAGCUGCUCUUCCUGGUCUCCUGGGAGCAUGAGUUCAACUAUCGCAUCUUCCCCUUCAUGGUCUACUUUGGCUACCUGAUCAACCUCAACAGCAGCAUCAACCCUCUCAUCUACAUCUUCUUUGGCUCCAACAUCUGCUCAGGCUGCGGCUGCCACACAACCUCCUCCCUUGCCAUGGCUCUCACCGAGGAGCAAGGGAAGAGCCCUGGGGACACACCCAGCAUGUCCUUCUCAGCCUAGCCUUGCCAACAAGACCCUGCUCUCCUCUCCCUCCAUGGCCCAGCCUCUGCUCUGGCACAGCUCCAGUUACCUGUCGAAUGAUCACUGGCUCCCCUCACAGGGCCUGGCCACAAUUGGGUGGGGGGGGCGCUCUGUGCAUGAUUGUAGGUUCACUAGUGCAAAGACUUGUGUAAAUUGGUGCAAGGUGGGGUUUGAUCAGGAGCAACCAGCUCCUGGAAGCUACCAGGAGAAGUCACACCAGUGCCAAGGCCCAGUUUGUCCCAUUUUCCCAGCCUAGACAAGCUCCAGUAGGGACAGAUCCUCAGCAGAUGCAAAGCAGGCCCAGCUCCAUGCAGGUCAAUGGCCCAGGAACACCUGGCCCUAGGCAAGACAAUAUAAACACUGACGUGGCUUCAGCUGCCAACCCACAGGUGCCAGGAGACACUGCGGUGAAGGAGACUCUGCCCCUUUGGGCCUAUUUGUGCUUAGCAAUCUUGCCUUUAGGUGCGGCUCCAAGGUCACUGUGUUCUAAUAUAGUGGCUGUUCUGUAUAUUACAGCCAGAUACCCAGCGCUGAGGGUUCAGGUGCCUCCCCUAACUCUGUCCCCCUGGGCCCCUGCAGCCUCACCGUUCUGACCUGCUGAAAGCAGGCCCAGGCUCCUCUUAGCACACAUGAUUAUGACACAGAAGCUGCAGCCCAAGUAUAUGUUAGGGGAGGGGGCUGCAUCAGAACCACACACCCGAAGGGUCAAAAUUAAGGCCACGGGGCUGUCCUGGGGAUCCCCACCUUCCCACACCCACCAGGGGGCAGGUACUGCUGCCCACUACCACUCCAUUGGGGCAGGACACACCAAAGAGGGCCACACCCCAUGGCUUUAAUUCUGACCCCUUGGCCAUGUGGUUAAUUCUGACCUUCCCCCACAUACACACACAGAGCUUCCCCCGGUUGUCCCAGCAGGGUGUCCAGUGUGUGGGCCUGGCUGCCCGCCAGCACCUCCUGCUAGGGACUCAGAGCCACCUUUGCCCCCACCAGGCAGGAGUGGGGUAAGAGAAGUGCCCUGGAGAUGCGCUGAGCUCAUGUCAGCCCAGGGCUCCCAGGUGAGUGACCGCAGGUAGGGGCAUGGGGGAUCAAGAGGAGAAGGGUUCCCCCUGCUGAGCAAUCUCAGCCACACUGACACUGGGCAAGGGGGAUGAGAGCUGCAUCACAAGGUGUUGGAGGGGGAAGUGAUUUACUCCUAUCCCCAGCCAGGGGCUCGGCCACAUUUCCAGGGAGCUGCCAAUUGCAUGGCAAAAGGGGGAUCCAUUGGGGGCCUUGGGAUCCAGACCCAAGUUAGUCUGGAUCUGCGCGGUGACCCCAGUAGGAUGAGACAGGAGCUGCAAAUUCAUUCCUGGAGUGAAGAAUGAGGAAGCAGGACUACAGCCCCUCUUUCCCACACAGGCCAUUGGCAGGAGUGAUUGAACCCGUGACCUUGGGAGCUAAAAACAUAAACCUCAACUGCUUGAGCUAACCUCCCCACUCUGGGGUGGCUACUAAAAGUAAUUUUCCCUCUGCUGAUACUCACCCCUUCUUGUCAACUGUUUGAAAUGGGCCACCUUGAUUGCAUU